AUGAAAUGCACAAAAUUUCUUGCAAUCUCUCUUCUCCUACUCUCCUCAUUUGCUAUACCAAUAUUUUGUGCAUCAAACACCACCACCACCGCACCGCCGCCUCCUCCACCACAAUGCGGUGAGGCGAAAGUGACUGGAUGUCACAACAGGGCCGAGGCCUUAAAGCUCAAGUUGGUGGCAAUUUUUGCAAUACUGGUGACUAGCAUGAUAGGAAUUUGUCUGCCAUUAUUUUCUCGGUCAGUUCCAUCUCUUCAGCCUGAUAAAAAUAUGUUCGUUUUGGUUAAGGCAUUUGCAUCGGGAGUUAUCCUAGCAACUGGCUACAUGCAUGUCAUGCCGGACUCCUUUGAUUGUCUAAGAUCACAAUGUUUACCGGAAAAACCUUGGAGAAAAUUCCCUUUUACUACUUUUGUAGCUAUGCUUUCAGCUUUAGUGACUCUUAUGAUUGAUUCAUUUUCCAUGAGUUACUAUAAGAAAUGCAUUGCUGAUCAAAGUUCUUCAAAAGAUGUCAAGGACGGAGCUUUGGAAUCACAACAUAUUGGGCACGGUCAUAGAAAUCUUGAAGCUGCCGAUGAUGAUGAUUCUGCUGCAUCCCAAUUGCUACGUUAUCGUGUUGUUGCUCAGGUUUUGGAAGUCGGGAUUGUGGUACACUCUGUAGUAAUUGGAUUGUCAAUGGGCGCUACAGAUAAUCCAUGCACAAUCAGGCCAUUAGUAGCUGCUCUUUGCUUUCAUCAGCUCUUUGAGGGAAUGGGUCUAGGAGGUUGCAUAUUGCAGGCUGAGUAUGGAGCUAAAAUGAAAGCCAUCAUGGUGUUCUUUUUCUCGUCUACAACUCCAUUUGGGAUUGCACUAGGAAUUGCUUUGUCCAAUGUGUACAGUGAUGACAGUCCAACAGCACUAAUUGUGGUGGGAUUGCUGGAUGCAUGUUCUGCUGGAUUGCUGAAUUAUAUGGCAUUGGUGGAUCUUUUAGCCUCUGAUUUUCUGGGGAAGAAGCUACAAAACAGCAUGAUGCUUCAAGUCUGGGCUUAUGUAGCAGUUUUACUAGGGGCUGGAGGGAUGUCUUUGAUGGCAAAAUGGGCAUAGACUUGCCUCGA